AUGCUGCAGUGUGGACAGACGGAGGACUUAGUGAUUGUCACAGAGAAGGUUGGAGCAGGAUGUGGGGUGCCGGAGGGCAACAUGGCUGAUGAGGGCCUCCAGCUUAGGGAACCUCUGCAGCGUGGUCCAGAGGUGGAGAGCAGUGAUGCAAAGGUGGAGAGCAGUGAUGCAAAGGUGGAGAGCAGUGAUGCAAAGGUGGAGAGCAGUGAUGCCAAGGUGGAGAGCAGUGAUGCAAAGGUGGAGAGCAGUGAUGCAAAGGUGGAGAGCAGUGAUGCAAAGGUGGAGAGCAGUGAUGCCAAGGUGGAGAGCAGUGAUGCAAAGGUGGAGAGCAGUGAUGCAAAGGUGGAGAGCAGUGAUGCAAAGGUGGAGAGCAGUGAUGCCAAGGUGGAGAGCAGUGAUGCCAAGGUGGAGAGCAGUGAUGCCAAGGUGGAGAGCAGUGAUGCCAAGGUGGAGAGCAGUGAUGCAAAGGUGGAGAGCAGUGAUGCAAAGGUGGAGAGCAGUGAUGCCAAGGUGGAGAGCAGUGAUGCCAAGGUGGAGAGCAGUGAUGCAAAGGUGGAGAGCAGUGAUGCAAAGGUGGAGAGCAGUGAUGCAAAGGUGGAGAGCAGUGAUGCAAAGGUGGAGAGCAGUGAUGCCAAGGUGGAGAGCAGUGAUGCAAAGGUGGAGAGCAGUGAUGCAAAGGUGGAGAGCAGUGAUGCAAAGGUGGAGAGCAGUGAUGCAAAGGUGGAGAUGUUAAAAACUCCUGCAUUCAAACUGCACUUGAUGUACAGUAUGCAUGCCAAUCAGAAAUAAGACAACAACAGCACUGGACAAGGCCUGGAUGACUAAAGUAAUAAAGGCUGCCAUCAGGAAAAGACAGAAGACGUUCAACAGAUGGGGGGAAAACAAUGAAAUGGAGAAAAUACAGAAACACAGUGCAAAUUGCCUAUCAAGGAAGCAAAUGAAAAACUACUACAAAACGGAAAUCCAGAAUCUAAAGAAGGAAAACCCCUAAGGAAUGAUGGGACUUCGUUAACAAAGGACAUCCGGAGGGAGAAUGCAGGUCGAGAGAAUUGAGGACGACGGCGGGGCUGAUGUUUUGAAUGGCUUCUUUGCUGAGGCCUGGACAAGCACCAUGCCUACAUGGCUGGUUGAGCUGUGCAGCAUUGGCCAGAUAAAGCAAGCUCUGACCAGACUCGGCCCACGUAAAGCUUGUGGGCCUGAUGGCAUUCCAGCCUGGCUACUAAAAGAGCAUCCAGAAGAUCUAGCCCCUGUCAUCACACACAUUGUUAACAGCACCUAUUGGCAGGGGACUGUUCCUGCUGCCUGGAAGAUGGCCAAUGUGUGUCCCCGUACCUAAAGUGUCAACGAGUGACUGGAGGCCCAUCUCUCUAACUUCAUGCCAUAGAAAGUUCCAGGAGAGAUUUAUCAUUAAAAUGUUGUUUUUUUUUAAACUAAUGCCAACCGUUCUAUCCGAGUGCAUGAAUCAGUAUGCCUACUUCCCAAAGUCCAGCACUACUUCUGCCCUUCUGUUUCUCCUUCACAUGUCCACCUGAAAAGUUGUCUUCAGUGACACUCUGGACACUGGGUAUGCAGACGAUGUAGGGCUGUCCCGAGCCAUACCAUUAACCAGCAUCCAAGAGGACACUUCCAUGGGCUUUGGAGGCAAAGCAGCUGGAAGAGUGGGCCCCAUCCAACUACAUGCUCCUGGAUGGGUAAAAAGCCUGUGGAAAUUCUGCUAUGUUUUUCAACAGACCCUCCACAACCUGCACCUCUAAUCCUAGGAGGACAGGAAGUACCAGCGGUAACAAUGACCAAGUAUCUUGUGGCACAGUCAGUAUUGCAUUUCGUAUUGAUUAGGGAUCACGAUUAGCUACUUUCAAGGCAGCAGCCACUCUUCUUUUCUUAAUGUCCACACUCACACAUCAAACAAAAGAUAACAGUACAUCAUAUAACAUUACUACAUAUCUACAAAUCAAAAUAUAUAAUACCACCAUACAGCAAUAUUACAAUGUACGUGUGUGUAGAGUGCGUGUGCUAGCGUGUGUGUGCAUAUGCGUGCGUCUACAUGUGUCUCUUCACAGUCCCCGCUGUUCCGUAAGGUGUAUUUCGAUCUGUUUUUUAAAUUCUGAUUCUACUGCUGCAUCAGUUACCUGAUGUGGAAUAGAGUUCCAUGUAGUCAUGGCUCUAUGUAGUACUGUGUGCCUCCCAUAGUCUGUUCUGGACUUGGGGAUUGUGAAGAGAUCUAUGGUGGCAUGGCUUGUAGGUAAUGCAUGGGUAUCCAAGCUGUGUGCUGGUAGUCUUAAACAGACAACCAACGCCCGCCUGUGAAACACCACUCUACCCACUGCUAUCAGAUUGUGAAACACCACUCUCUCUACCCACUGCUAUCAGAUUGUGAAACACCACUCUCUCUACCCACUGCUAUCAGAUUGUGAAACACCACUCUACCCACUGCUAUCAGACUGUGAAACACCACUCUACCCACUGCUAUCAGAUUGUGAAACACCACUCUACCCACUGCUAUCAGACUGUGAAACACCACUCUACCCACUGCUAUCAGACUGUGAAACACCACUCUACCCACUGCUAUCAGAUUGUGAAACACCACUCUCUCUACCCACUGCUAUCAGACUGUGAAACACCACUCUACCCACUGCUAUCAGACUGUGAAAC